AUGGAAGGUCCGUUCUCGGCAAAAAAAGAAAUGGAAGGGCAAGAAAAAUACCCUGCCACUGGUUCGAAUGGUGGAGCGGAAGUAGGGUCCACGCCAUCAUCUCGGACAGUCGGUCUGGAGGUGGAUGCCGGAUGUGCGAAACCCGUUCUUAACGGUGAGCUUGUCAUGGUUGCCGAGUUAGCGGGCGGGGAAUCAGAUGACGAAAGGCCAAUACGAUCCCUGCUGAAGGCGAAACGACGAAGACUCCCAAAGAAGGAUGGUUCCUGCUUGCCAGCAGAUCGGGAAGUGGAAAUGACAAGGCUCGAGGAAGGAAUUCCAGGGGAAAUGGAUGACACCCUAGCCAGCCUGAGGAAGAAGCUGAAGACCCCGCAGAGGGUUAAAAUGGACAGUAGCCGAUCUGGGGCUGAUAGGGCUGAGGAUUCUUUUCAUCUAGAACAGCCUGAAAAUGCUGAGGAUUCAUUGGAAAGCAGGGGCAAGAAAUCCACUCCUGUGUCAUCUCAGAAGAGUGCAGAAGAUAUAUCAACGGCAUCACUAGAAGAUGCGGAAGGUCCCAGUGAUGGACUCGAUAUUUCACUAUCGGCAUUCCUUUCUAAAGCUCGUAAAUUUUCCUCCAGGAAGGCUGGACUCAAGGGGAGAAAGCAGGUAGAAGAGUCUUCGAAUGCUGGUGACAGCCGGGCUCUGGGCUGUUCAAAGUCGCCUCGUGGGAAAGAUGAAAAUUCACUGGGUACCGUUAGCAUAGCUAAGAACUUAGAUCGUAAGAAGAGGAGCAGGAAAUCUCAGGCAGGAUCUGGUGCAAUAUCAGCAGAAGGUAAUAGUGUCAAUAAAAAUGUACAUCAGCCAUCUCAUGGUGGAGCUCUAGGAGACACAUUAUCUGAUUUUGUUGGAAAAACUCACUCUUCUCUGCCCAGUAGGAGAGCAAGACAAAGGACUGUGGAUGAUUCCAGUAGCACUCCUGUGGAGCCAAUUCAAGAAACACAGAGAUUAGAUGGCUUAAAGCAAUGCUCCCGUGGAAAAUUGAGUGAUCCACCAUCUAGAAAAGUUGAAGAAUCUACAUCGUAUGGGAAAAGACUCUCUGAUUUUAAGCAUAGUAUCGAGUUGAUAGGUUCUUUGGAGGAGAAUGGAACAGUCGCACCAUUGGCAUCCGUUGUAUCUCAGUCACCUACAUUUCUCUCAAAAGAAUUUUCUGGCGGAAUAUGCCAGAACCAAGGUUUGCAUGCAUCCUCUGUAGACAUUAAGGCAGCAGGGGAGACCUUAUCAUCUGGUGAUGAGUUGGGUUAUCAUUUGGACCGUGUCAUUGGGAGGGAAGCCGAAAUGUCUCUAGACAGUAGUCAAUCUAGUGGGCAUAUCAAUGUAGGUAGAGAGGUAAAUAUGCAUGAUCAUUACACAGCUGGUGCAAUAUCUGAUAUCAGUUGUCACAAUAUAGACAAGCCAAAGGCUCUUCCUCGAGUUACUCGCAAGAUAAAGAAAUUCAAGGAUGGGAAUAUGACUUACGAAGGAGACAUCGAAUGGGAAGCAUUGAUCAAUGAUGAUCAAGGUCCUUUUGGGAAUUCCAAGAUUGUUGACGAGGAACAAUCUACUAGAGAUAGAGAUAGAUUCAAGUCUGUCAUUCCUGUUGAUUCUCAUGAUGGAGGUCUGGCAGCUGUAGCAGCUGGAUUGAAAGCUCAUGCCGCUGGUCCAAUUGAAAAAAUCAAGUUCAAAGAUGUUUUUAAGCGCAAGGGAGGCCUCCGAGAUUAUCUAGAAUGCAGGUCAGUUGUUCUUCCAGUAAAUUUGGACUGACAAUUCAUGAUGUAGUGGCUCUGCUUUAAGAAUAUGUAUUGGUAUUUCCAGCAACAAAAUAUUUUACCAUUAGUACAUGCAAGCAAUAAACUAUCAUGUGUGUCUCUGCAUUUGAUAUUUCCUUGAUGUCUCAUGUUCUAACUUCCGCAAUAUAAGCAAAUAAUUCUUCUUUUUUACAUGCUUUGAUGUUGGCUUCAAUGCUUAUCUGUUCAUUUCUAAUGCUUCAUCAAAUUUAUUUUUUUCAAGAGUAAGAUUGAUUAUCACCAAUGUUUUAGCUUCUGUAAUUUUUUUUGAAAACUUUUAGAUGCUAUCAUCAAAUGAAGCUGCGAGCUGUAUGUCUGGUAACAUCGUCAUCAUAAUGCCCUCUUUGAUAAUUAAUGGUUGCACAUAUACUCAGUCAGUGGUGCAUCCAUCCAUUUAGAACUUGGUUUAUGAUACUAUUUAGUCUUUGGUGUGCUAGUUGCUAUUCUCGUUUUGAUUGACAUUCCUAAAUUCAUCUCUUUGGCUACUUUCUUCUUAACCUAAAUCGUUAUCCCGGACUGUCCGUUCUGGUUGGUGUAACCUCCUUGUAGUUGACGACCUUGACAGGUGCUGGUGUAUGUGUUAGUGCUGAGGACCUCUAUACACUUUAUGGACGUAAAGUGAAACAUUUAGUGCAAUCCUACUUCUCUUCAGUAGGUUGUGGAUGAGCUCUACUGUGUGUUGGGAGGGAACUUCAAAAAUUUAAUCCUUGUUUUGUUAAAGGCAGAGCCAUUUAAUUUAAUAUGACUAGUACCCUGUUUAUCAAGUUCAGGGAAAAGUAAAGCCUGAAAAUUCUACGUUAAAAGAUGUAGUUUCACUUGAUUGUCUAUGAGUAAGGAUGGCAAAAUAUCAUGAUUGUUUCUCUUCCCUUCCCUAAAAGGAAGAAUACGAAGUUUUGGGUUCGAAUAUAGUUAAGGUGUAACCAUCCUACCAGUAAACAGGGGAAAAUAUUGGCUACCUUUCUAACCAGAGUUGAAGAUGCUGACCGUCACUCAUCUUUGCAUGCCAGUUUGAGGCUGUAUUUUUCUCUCGACUUGUAGAGUGAAAAUUUGGCCCCAUUUGACGUCAGACAAGAAAAUUUGAACUUGUUCUAGUUCAAUGCUGAGGAAAAAUUAAUACAAUUGAGUCAACCCUUGGAAACAUUUUCAGGGUUAAUUAAUGACACUAUUUUGAAUGGACAUUUUGGAAGGGUAAAAACUAGCUCCCUCUUUUGGGUGUUCCCCGCUUAAUGAGAUGUUUAUGCAUAAACAUUUUCACGGAAAUAUUGUUUAAUUAUUGAAAAUAGUGAUCCAAGUUUUGCUUUACUAUACUGAAGGUAGGGGUUCAUGUAGUAAGGAACUUCGUAUACUCCCCAGCACAUUCGCGAAACAUGCAUAAUUCUUAUCUUUCAAGGAAAACUGGAAACAGAAAGGCAUCCGGGUUUUCAUCUCUCAAAAGAAUGAAGUUAUGAUAGGCUGUGUACAUUAGGUAGAUUUUUAGAUUUUUUUUGUUGUGUUAAGUUGUAUAAUUUUUCCCCCUAAAAAUCUCCUAAAGGCUGUUACGGUAGCACGUUUUUGUGGAUGAGCUCAGUUAAAUUUUUGCACUUGUAUGUACUGAUGUGCAUAAGUUUUCUUUAAUGCUAAAACCUUUUGCAAUCAUUUUUGUUGUCUGCGGCAAGAACUUGAUUCUUUUGCCAUAUUAUUUUCUGAGCUGCUUUGUUUCUUGGUUUACUGGUAAAAUCAGGAUGCGUUUUUCAACUUAGUGAAAAAUAUUGUCAGAGGAAGCAUUACAUUACACUGAUGCAUUAAAUUUGAGAACUCAUGUGGUGGCUGACCCUUCAUGCAGCCCUUAUUGCAAAUAAGAAAUCUAAUGAACGAACAGAUAUCCAGUGGCAGAGUAGGUCAGUAGAUUUUGCGAUCAAUAGCAUUCGUUGAGCUAGAGAACAUUGUAUUCUUGCAUUUUUCAUUAUGCUGGAUGUUUAAUAUACUCUCUACUAGCUUAGCAUCGUCAAUUGAGGUUUUUAUUGGGUUUUUUUUCCAGAGCACAUGGACACUCCUUGUUUUUGAAUUUUAGUGAAAAGUAGUUACUGUCACCUUUUAAAAUUUACUUUAAGAUACUCCUAGGAAUAUUUACCAUCUUUGAUCUCCUGAGAGAUGUGGUGGUGUUGACUUAUACCCGUGAGUUAGUUGUGUUCUUUUUAAUCUCAACUCAUGGAAUGCAAACUUAGUUACUUUCAUGUCUGUUCUGCUAUACAUACACAUCUAUUGAAUUGGUUUAUGUACAGUUCACAAUGUAUAACUUUGCAGGAAUAUGAUCUUACAUCUUUGGAGUGAAAACGUGAACUGCAUCUUGUCUCUAAAAGACUGUGGAGUUACUGAUACCCCUUUAAAAGAGGAACCGCCCCGUGCCUCUCUUAUUCGUGAAAUCUAUACUUUUCUUGACUGCAGUGUAAGUUUUCCUUUUGUAAUUUUAAGCAUCAUUGUCCUGGAUUUACUGAAUAACUCGUGGAAGCAGAUUGAUUUGAGGACAAUUACCAUAUAAUUUUUCAAUGUAUUUUUUCUCUUCUCAAAUGUUUUGUAAGUUUUCUCUUUGGGUAUAAGGAAAAAUAUCAACUCUUUUUUAUGAUCUUGAGCCUUGUCCUUUGUUGAAGAAUUUGAAUAACGGUCUUUUAGGUCUUGUCCUUGGAUUUUUUUUUGAAUUAUGGUUCAAUUAGUCCACGAUGUUGCCAAUUCUUUUUUCUGGAGCUAUGUUGUAAUACCGAGAUAUUCUUGGGCAUAUUAUAUCUUGAGUCCUGAGAAAUAUUUUCUGUGGAACGAAAAUUGUCAAGUUUUUUCAUGUGAUUCUGUUUUCUGCCCUUUGAUCUGAAAGGGGAAGGCAUCAAAAUACAGCCUCUGCUCGAUCUAUGACAUUUUAUUGUGUGAUUCAUGUCAUCAGACUAAUAAAAAAACACUUCCCAAAAAUAUCCUUUAUUUUUUCAGGGAUACAUAAAUGGAGGUGUUGCUUCAAACAAGGAGAACCAACCUCUCUAUUCUGGACAUUUUGAGGAAGAUAUGAUAAAAGAAACUUGUGAAGAACAAGCCAUUGAUUCAAAAACAGAAGUUUCAUUUGCGUGCAAUCAGGUUACUGCUUCUGAUGAUUGUUCCAUGAAGAAUACGACUUUCCUUGAAAAUGAUAAUUUGCCAGUUCUGGGUGUCGAAGGUAAAUAUCCAGAAAUUGUCAUGCCUUGCAUGGGGACAGAAUCUUGUACUGCAAUUGUUCAGUCUGAAGAACGUGCAAUAGGUCAUAUGAGGAUAGUUGAGGAGUCUGCAUGUCCAGUUUCCAUUAUGCACCCAAAUCUGGAUGGGAUUGUUGCUGAUGAAAUAUGUUCUGGUCAGGAUGGACAAGGGUGCAACCCUGUAGUGGAUGAACAGGGUGUUGAAGUGGGUGAAAACGUGGCUGGUAGUGAGAAAAUGUAUGUAGCAUCGUCAGGUCAACAAUAUGGUAGUGUAAAUAGUGAGGUUGAGACGUCUGCUGUCCAGGUGACUGAAUUAAUCAAAACAGAGGCUGGAAAAGAUUCGGCUGGACUGAGUUCUAUCGGUAAUGACCUCUCCACAAAAGUAGUUGAUAAUGAAGAAAAAAAUCUCUCUAAGCAGGUGCAAAGCUCAUUUGACAAGGGUCAAUCCCUUGGUUCGUGCGAAAAAGAAAUUGGUCACAUUGAAGCUUUGGCUUCUUCUGAAAAGGUUAACAAUGCUGAAAUAACCGCUGUUAAUUCUUCCAUGCAGCUCUUGGAUAUGAAUCCUAUUGUCAAGUGUGACUCGAAAGAUGUUCAACGGAGUGUCAUUGUUGUAGGGGCUGGUCCUGCAGGUCUAACUGCAGCGCGCCAUUUGAAACGUCAAGGUUUCUCUGUCACUGUUCUUGAGGCCCGUGAUAGGAUAGGUGGUCGUGUUUAUACUGAUCGCUCAUCACUUUCCGUUCCUGUGGAUCUUGGUGCCAGCAUUAUUACUGGUGUUGAACCAGAUGUUGCUACUGAAAGGAGAGCAGACCCUUCCUCUUUGAUCUGCACUCAAUUAGGUCUUGAGCUGACUGUGUUGAAUAGUGAUUGCCCUCUCUAUGAUGUUGUAACAGGGGGGAAAGUUCCCGCUGAUUUGGAUGAGACAUUGGAGGUAGAGUAUAAUAGUCUUCUUGAUGACAUGGUAGAUCUUGUUGCCCAGGAUGAAGAGGGCUCAGCAAGCAUGUCUCUUGAGGAUGGUUUGGAAUAUGCCCUCCGGAAGCGCCAUAUGAUGGAGCAACCAACACAAACUUCGACUGAAUCUUUCCAAUCCAAGACGGCUGGACAUUAUGGAACUUUAGAUCAUUCUGUAAGUUCUCCCAAUAUAUCUGAGAAUGGUGCCAGGAAGCAGGUCGUGUAUGAUAAUAACCAGGCAGAAGAUGUUUUAUCUCCCCUCGAGAGAAGAGUGAUGAAUUGGCACUUUGCAAACUUGGAAUAUGGAUGUGCUGCGUUGCUCAAGGAAGUAUCACUUCCUCACUGGAAUCAAGAUGAUGUUUAUGGAGGGUUUGGUGGGGCUCAUUGUAUGAUUAAAGGAGGUUACAGCUCUGUCGUGGAAACUCUAGGAGAAGGUGUCAGUAUUUGCUUGAAACAUGUAGUGACUGACAUCAAGUAUGAAGUGAGGAACUCCUGUUCUCAGACUGAAACUGCUGUUAAAGUGAUUACAUCUGAUGGUGGUGAAUUUGUAGGCGAUGCUGUUUUGAUCACUGUGCCACUCGGAUGCUUAAAGGCAAAUGCUAUCAAGUUCUCGCCAGCUCUUCCGGACUGGAAGCUGUCCUCUAUCCAGCGACUUGGAUUUGGUGUGCUGAAUAAGGUAGUAAUGGAAUUUCCAGAAGUUUUUUGGGAUGAGACUGUAGAUUACUUUGGAGCUACAGCGGAAGAAACAAGUCAUAGGGGUCGAUGCUUUAUGUUCUGGAAUGUCAAGAAGACUGUAGGAUCUCCUGUCCUUAUAGCACUUGUGGUGGGCAAAGCAGCCCUAGAUGGUCAAAAUAUCAGUACAUCUGAUCAUGUGAAUCAUGCACUAACAGUCCUGCGUAGAAUUUUUGGUGAUAAGUCUGUUCCUGAUCCAGUCGCAGCAGUUGUGACUAAUUGGGGUGUGGAUCCUUUCAGUAGAGGAGCUUAUUCCUACGUUGCUGUUGGUGCUUCCGGAGAGGACUAUGACAUUCUAGCGAGACCUGUGGCGAAUUGCUUAUUUUUUGCUGGCGAAGCAACAUGCAAAGAACAUCCUGACACUGUCGGUGGUGCAAUGUUGAGCGGUCUUCGUGAGGCGGUCCGUAUCAUAGACAUUUUUCAUUCCGGUAAUGACUACACUGCAGAAGUAGAAGCAAUGGAGAUUUCUGAAAGACAAGCAGAAAGUGAAAGAGAUGAAGUUUGGGAGUUGGAGAGAAAACUUGACUUAUGCAAGGGCAGCAAUUCAACUUUGGCAAACAAUGAAGUAUUACUGAAGGAUAUGUUCUGUAAUGCAACAACAAUUCCUGGGCGGUUGCAUCUUGUUAAAGAAUUGCUACGCCUUCCUGUGGAUAAGCUAAAAUCUUUUGCUGGAACAAAAGAGGCACUCAGCGUACUUAACUCCUGGAUAUUAGUAAGUAUAUACAUCAUUUUUUAUCAUUACAUAGUUUCCUCUUCUUCUCCCCAGGGUAAUCUAACUGUUUUUUGUUGUCUUCUCGAAAUUAGGAUUCCAUGGGCAAAGAUGCUACUCAACUUCUGCGUCACUGCAUUCGUUUGCUUGUUCUUGUUUCGACUGAUCUGCUGGCUGUUCGCUUGUCUGGUACUUCAUUUUUUUCUAUUUUUUUUUCCUUUAAUUGUAUUCUUGAUGGAAUGAAGAGCAUAACGCACUGACAUAAUUUUUAUUUCGUUCUAUAUUGUGGCAUUGAUUUCUUGGAUAUGGUAUCUUUUUUUUCUUUUUUUUCUUUUUUUUUCAGAAUCCUUAUGAUGUUCUGUAGGUGAAAUUAUUUGUCACAUUGUUUUGUGUUUUAGGAAACAUUUCACGGCCUUGAUAUUUUGUAGAAGCAUGUAUUGCUGUUGGGAUUUUUUUAAUCCAUCGGUGAUAAUUUUUGUAUCGUCAUUGUGCUUAUUUGCACUUUAACAUUUUGAAGAGAAUUAUCACGCUGCUUCGUUGGUGUACCAUGGGCGUUCUUCUACGAAAAUUAAUUGUGAUGGUAUCAGAUUUAAUUUUUCUUUCUACUUCUAUAUGAGGGCUUGAAUGCUUGAUAUGGGCACAGGUUUGUUUAGAAUCAAAGUUGACAACAAAGACAUCAGAUAAAUAGAGCAGAAUUGUCCAUGUUGACAUUGUUAAAUUUAUUGAGCUGUCCAACUCAAAACCUAUAAGUAAUGAGUGGAGUUGGCCCAUCUUAUCAUCACAUGUUUACUCUCUUACUGAAUGAUGCGGGACCGGUUAUCGUGCAAGCUGACUUUUGGACCUUGCCUCAUGGACGAUAAAACUGGUUGUGUACAACUGAUAUCAUGCUGAAAUUGUGGGUCAUCUAAUUCAAAACUAAUUGGCAGUGAGUAGAGUAAGCCCGUUUGAUAAUCACGGGUUUACUUCUGUUCGACUCGUUAUCAGACUAUUCAAAGAGAUGGUGUGAAUAUAGCUUCUUUACUGUGUGUAUGAUGUCACCAAUCACUUUCUUGUUCUCCUUUUUUAUUUUUGUCGCCCGGGGGGGGGAGUUGAGGACAUUUGUUGUGGUGUCUGGCGUCCAAUUUGCAGUAGUUUGAAUUAAAUUCAGGACAUCUCUUGCCCUGCAAUUUGCAGUAGAUGAGAUGGACAGGAAAGGAUUUCUUCGGUUUCAUGAAGAUUAACUCCAUGUUGCAUUGUGGGGAUAAAUGAGAGAAAUCAAAAUGCUUUUCUGUUGAUGUAAUUGUGGAUCGCAUUGUGAUGUACAUAGAAAGGCUGGUGUCUGUGAAUUAAUUUUAUAAACUUCCGGAACUGUCCAGGCUCCUUUAACGCAUUAUGGAAGAUUUUGGUGAAGUUUUUGUGAACAUGCUUUGUCCCAUGCUAAGACCCGAUGGGCUCUUAUCCAUCUCGGGUAUGAUCAUCUCCAUUGUAGCUGCUUUGGAUCUCCAUGUUUCACUCAUUAUGCACCCUCAGUUUCAAUUUCUUGGCUGGUUGAUUGGAUUGCGACUGAGGUUGUUCUGGAGUAAAUUUUGGAGAUGUACAUUCUGUUUAGAUUGGUUUAUUUGGUGAUUCAAAUAACUUAGUACUUAGGACCGAUGGUAUCAGUAGGUUUUAGAUGUAACUUCUGUAGUAUAAGUAGACUCGGGAGUAAAUGUAGAUUUGGUGAAAAGUCAUUGAGAAAAUAAUAAAUCCAUGUUCUUAUCUUUCCAUGAAGAUAAGAUCAUUAGAUUGAGUAGAAAUGAUUGUUUUCAAAAAAUGUAACAUCCACAGUGAAUGAAGUUUGAAAUUUGCCUGAGCGUUCUCAAUGUUUUUUCUUGCCUGUUUUUUCUUCCUCGUUAUUUUUCCGAUUUUCUCUCACAGAAAUAAUAAUGCGGUAUAAGAAGUCCUCUAAACAGAGAAAGAAGCAAUCAGAGAUUGUGUUUAAGAUUCCUUUGGAUUUAAUAAGCUCUGGAAAAUGUGAUGUUGAAUAGAGAUAACACAAUCUCGGAUUUAUAUCCUGUUACUGUACAUGUUUCGUUACUUGUGGUUUAGCAUGUCUGUCUUGAAUUUCAUCCUCUGAAAUUCUACGGAAGAUGUUAUUUUGUAACCUCUGUUUCUCUAGUCGAUGUUCAUUUAGAUGACAUUUUGUUUGCUGUCACUGUAGGAGUUGGGAGAACCAUAAAAGAGAAGGUCUGUGUACAUACUAGCCGAGAUAUUCGUGCCAUAGCGAGCCAACUCGUCAAUGUAUGGAUUGAAGUCUUCCGGGAGAAGAAAGCAGGCAUUGGCGGGAUGAAAUUUUUGACGCAAUCAGGUUCAUCGGAUGCGCCAAACUUCGACGAGAUAUGAGUACUGUAAGACAGUCCCUUUGAAUGGUGAAGCAUUAGAUGGUCGAUGAGUACUGUAAGACAGUCUCAAGCUUUGAAUGGUGAAGCAUUAGAUGGUCGAGGUUGUUUGAAUGUUCGUUCUGCAACUUCAUCACCUUCUCGUUUUAAUCAUAAGAAAGGAGAUUUCAGUGGAACAACAAAAGAUGAAAUCUUAACAGACAAAAAAAUUGAAGCUAACUCUACUUCUCAUAGUUCUACACAAGGUAUGGAUUCGAAGGAAGAAAAAAAAUCUAAAACCUUGGCUGCUGCAGAAGCUGCCCGUGCUGCUAAAGCUGCUCGUAUGGCUGCAGAGGUCUGUUUUAUUUGGGACUAAUGCUAUCGUUUUUUCUUCUAAAUUUUUACCUGUUGCUGAGCUCAGAAUUAUAAGAUAGUUACCUUAUUUGUUAACUGUCUGCUUUUCUAUCGGUUAUCUUUCUUCAGGCAUAUACAUCGUCAGAAACAGACAGCACAAUAUUGACGGGGCUUCCGAAGAUAUUAUCAUUUCAUAAGUUUGUCAGGCGCGAGCAUGUUGAAGGGGGUAGUAUUUUAGGAGGGGCAGAAUGCAUAUCUGAAAUGGAUUCGCGAAACUGCCGCGUUCAAAACUGGUCAGUUGAUUUUUCAGCUGCAUGUGCCAAUCUUGAUGAUUCUAGAUUGUCUGUUGAUAAUCACAUCCGAAGCAGCUAUUCAAAUGAGACCAUCCAUCCUCCAAAUCUUAAAGAGCAUUCUGGGGAAAAUGAAGCCGUAGACUGCAGAUUGACCAGGGCAUGGGUGGACACAGAGACUCUUGGGAGUGCUGGAGUAAAAGACUCUCUUGCAAUUGAGAGAUGGCAGUCGCAGGCAAUGGACGCUGAUGCCCAAUUCUAUCCAAUCUGUAUGAAAGACGAGGAGGGCUCCAACAAGAUCCUUGAUGGAUCUGUGGGGGAGUAUCCGAAACCGUCAGAUAGCUCAGGUGCACAACCUAGAAAAUGCAACUCAUCUGUGGAAGGACAACAAAGAGGUGUAGACCAUAUUAAGCGCGGGGUUGUUGAUUAUGUGAGUUCACUCCUUAUGCCUUUGUAUAAAGCUAGGAAAAUUGACAAGGAAGGGUACAAGUCCAUAAUGAAGAAAACUGCGACCAAGGUAAAUUCUCAUUCACUUAAGUGGUUAAUGUUCACUUUCAAAGACAUGGGCUUAUUAGUUUAACAAUGAUUUCGAGAUUUAGUGUGGCUGUGCUUAAUCUAUUUCGAAGUGCACCGUUUUUGCAUUAUGCGUGCGCCACUUAUAAUUUUGCUAUGAUUUUUUUCUCCUCCCGGGCUCAUUUUCUACGUAACACCUGCAGUUCGUCGUGGUGUGAGAUGGGUGAUCUCAUUUUAGCUAGGCAUUUUCUACUGAUGACACUCUGACUAUCUCUUAAAAUUUCCAUUGUUUAUGGGACUUAAGGAACAUGUGACCUCAUUUGCCAUCUUCUAUUUGUAUAAUUCUUCAUAGCUGGAUAAUGGGAAAAACUUGUUGGAUUGUGAUGUCUGUUCGCAAUUAAUCUUUGCAAUCCCCGAGUGUCUACUCCAGAUACAGAAGUAUAAUGCGUGUUCAAACAGUGUUCCCUGAUAUGCAGUAACGAUUUAAAUUUUCAUUUCUUUGUGGGUGCUUUUGCUUUUGCUUGAGUAGGCCUUCCAGUUUUGUUGAUUUGGAUUUUAGUCUCAUAGUUGAUGCAAUUUUCUUAGGUCGUGGAACAAUGUACUGAGGCAGAGAAAAUGAUGACAGCGUUUGAGUUCCUUGAUUCCAGGCGGAAGAAUAAGGUAGGCACUUGAUGCAUCUUCAAAGUUUCAUCGCUACAGAAUUUUUCUUUACAUACUUUGACAGCUCAUACUGCAUUUUUCUAUUGAUCAGUGAUAUAGCUUGCUGCUUUACCAUGUCUGUCGACGGUUUCUGUUGUAGAAGUUUUGUUUCCCUGUAGAUCUAAGGCCCACGCCAUUUGUUUAUAUUGAGUUGUUGAAUUUCAUUUGUCUCAAUUAUAUUAUUUGCCGUAGCUUGAUAAUGAUUCAGAUUGACCCUGAGUGUUUUGUUUCACUUCAGAUUCGUGCAUUUGUGGACAAGUUGAUUGAGAGACAGAUAUCUACAAAUCCAGGUUCAAAAUUGUGA